AUGCAGUCUGAUACUGGAUCUGAACUCAGUGAUUCGUCCGUUUAUGAAGCCUUGAGUCGCUCUGAGCGUAUUGUCAAUGGCUCAGUGGUACUGGACUGGAGGAAGCUACCGGCUGAGCUUUUAUCUGCGCUGCCAGACCUUCCUCAAUCUGCUCGCAAACUACACAAAAACACUCAUCGUGACAGCACUCGGCAGAAGCAUAAUGUUUCUGUGAAUCAUACUCAUCAUCUCUGUGAAAAGCAUCAGCUAGACCAUAUCAAACAGUGCCAGGAAGAGCAGAUUCCAACAAAAGGAUGUGAUUCCAGUACACAACCAAAAUUAAAUGAAUCUGGUCAUCAAUCGACAAAUCAUGCAAAUGAUGAGCAUAAGAUGAGCAAUGGCAAAAGCCAUGGUAGUCGGUCGCCUAUUCGAGGAAGAAAUAGAACUCGUAUAUCUAGCAAGAGUCCACAACAUCUACAUCACAAACAGCAUAGUGAUGAUUUACUUUGGGAAGAUAUCGAUGCAAGCCCAAGUCCUAUCGAAUCAAAACCAUGUGAUGCAUCAGCAUAUCUUGAUCAUGUUCAUCCACAAGCUGCUAUUGAUUCCCUUACACGGACUAAUGAUUUGCAAUCUCAACCACAGCCACUUACUUUCAAUAACUGCCGGUUUACUUACCUUCGGCCAGAUCAAGUGUUUGAAAAUGAAGCCAAGGAACAUAUUAUGCCAAAAUCAGACUCGCAGUUUAAAGAUACUAAGCCACAGUUAGAACUACCUAUACUCUCAACUGUAGCCCAUUCAUCCAUUCCUAUAGAGAUAAAAGCAACAUCUAUACAGCCAGCGUAUGAUUCUGGAUCUGCACCAGAACUAGCACAGCUAUUUCGUACGCUUGAACUUUUAAAUCAGCAACACUUGCCACAACAUCAAGAAGCUAGUGCAUUGCCGGAUUUAUUUCCAUCCAGGUCUAUGGCACAAUCACCACUUAAAUCAAGCAUUAGGAAAGAAACGCGAUUUGGAUUGGAUCAGACCUCGAUAAUGUCACUUGCAGAACUCUCGCAAGACAUGCCGGAUUCACCAGCUGGUAUAUCCACAUAUUGUAAUACAGAGCUACAAGGAACUGCAAGCAAACCAUUUUGUCACGAUAAUUUGGGUGAACAACCAAGUAAAUUCAUGGGAUCAGCAACAAGUAACGAGUCCGCUGCUAUUUGUACUCAAAAACAAGUAUUAACAAAAGUACAUGCCGAGUUGUCCAGUCUCACCAAAGAGUUGCAUAAGAGAAUUGCAAAGGUCACUGAGCGUGAAUUAUAUAUAAAAUCGCAAGAACUAAACUGGAAGUCUAAAGAGCUUGAUUUGACAAAUCGCGAAUUGGCCUUUGUAGCCAGAGACAAGCAAAUGCGUAUUCAAGAAAACCGUAUUGAGAAAGAAGUACAGACGUUGGUAGAGCAGCGCAUUGCGUCUCAAAAUGAUGCUAUUCAGCAGAAUGCAAAAAGUAUUGUUAAGCAGUAUGGCGAUAUGCUUGAACAAUCCAACAAAGAAAACAAACGUCUCCAGACAUCAUUGCGCGACAUGGUGACUGCAAACCGAUUGUUGCGUGAUCAGAACAAGCAGCUUUUGUUGGAAAAGAACGAUGCUGAACAACGUUUAGAGCACCAAACAGUGAUUUUAAAACAAUCCAAAGAUCGUGUUGAGCGUCUGAAAAAAACACUGGCUUGUGCUCAAAGUAACAUGUCGAUGUCAUCUAAAACGACAAAAAACAAAAACGUUAAAGAUGGCUUACUACUUGAAACAGAUAUGUUGCAGCAAAUGCAAAAAAUAAUCAUGCGCCAGCCUAUAAAAGUAUCUGUGGAAACACAAACAGGAUCUUUUGAACAAACACAAUCUAUUCAAGGGAGUACACCAUCGAGUCUUUCUCAAACGCAGAUGAAUGGACCGAGACACGCGGUGCUGAAUGAAGAGCUGCCUCUUGGAGGGAUAGCUUUAUUGGUACAAGUUCUGCUCAAACUGGUUUCGUUACAUGACAUUCGUUCAGUAGAUGCUUUGACAGAUGCGGAUAUUCCCGACGCUAUGUAUUUUGAAGCAAUCACGUCUUCAUUUGCUAUUGUUGAUGGUUCUAUUUUCCAGUUUAAAGUAGAUAAAGCAGAAAACAAGGAUGCAGAUUGGGAUCAACGAGGCAUAGUGAUGCAGGUUAUCAAUUUAUAUUUAGAAUUUGUGCUUAGGUUUCUGCGUCGUCCAACAUGUCUACGUGCCCAGAAGCAUACUGUGACUUCGUUAGUGUAUCAAUCGUUUGUAGAGAUGGCUGGACCGCCCGCAUCAUUUAUGAGCUUCAGAGAAGAGAAAGCUAGAGUUCUCACUUAUUUGAUUGUGCUAUCUGGAGUAUCACAAGCGGAUGUAUUGGAAGUCAUGCUGGAUGGAUUAUUAUCCGAGUUGUUGAAUAACCCUGGAUGCAAAGCAGCAUUUGUAGAGAGCAAUGGCACACAGACAGUCAUGUUCAUAUUGAGCAACUUUGCCAUGCAGCCACGCCUAGCGUUUCUAUCAUCCGAGAUUUUAUUUUUAAUGUCAGCAGCAAGCGGAGCUUUACAAGACAAGUUUUUUAUGCAGUGUAGUCAGCCAGACAUGCUGGAUGCGUUGGCAGAGAGUGUUGAGGGUAUUGACUAUGUGGUGGCAAUGGAGAAUGCAAGUGCAUUGAUGCAAAAACUAUCACGAUCAAGCGAGUAUCGAAACCGGAUGAGAAGCAGUCCGAGACUGAUGAAUGUAUUGAGAAAGUUGAUGGAAACUCAUAAUCCGGAAGGAACCGGAGAAGCAGAUAUGAGAUUGACAGAGUUUGCCUCUGCAAACGUGCGAUCGGUGCUUCAUCAUCUCGAUACUGUAGAAUAA